CCUCCUCAGUUUCUUCUUGGCUUCUCCAUUUCUCUGCCUGCAGAGAUGCUCGAAAACGCUUCCGAUUCAUCGGCCCCCUCUAUCACCGUGAAGCGAUAUGCUCCCCCUAAUCAAAGGAAUCGCGUACAUAACAGGCGUAAAUCUGGAGACCGAUUUGAAAGAACAAGCAGCUCUCAUUCAAAUGAUGGAGAAAAGAAUCAGAAUUCUUCCAGAAAUACUCCUACUCUAGAUCACACUGUAGCAGUUAGCAGCAAUCAUUUGAACGAGAAUGCUCCUCCAGGAUUGAUAGCAUUAUAUGGGUGUUGCAGCAGUGAGGCUGCUCAGCUUCUGAAUGACCGUUGGGCAGCUGCUAUCCGCUCUUAUAAUGAUCCAUCAAUUGAUCUAUCUGAAAGACCAAUCAUGUACUCCGGAAGUGGAGCAUCAGCAUGGGGACACCCAAGGCUUCCUCAUCAGGUGGAUUUUUUGGCAGAUCAUCAACGUGCAAUAUGAAACUCCAAUGCUUGCACCAAUGUCUAAUGCUCCAUCAAAGCUCAGUUAAAUUUCAACAUGCCAUGCAGAAUACCGCUGCUUGUCCUGAUGCCUAAUGCUCCAUCAAAGCUCACUUGAGGAUUACAUUUUAUGUUUGCUUCUAGUUUUAAAUACAUGAAAUGAUGCUUGGAGGUACCUUGUUUAUUAAACUAGAUAUUGAGGAACCUCUUCACUUGUUAAACUGAGAAAUUAUGUACUAUUUUAGACUAUAAUUUUCCUCU